AUGCUGGUCUCAUUCGUAAAUCGUGAACGUCAUCUCGCAAUAGCCAUGGUGUCGCUUCCUUCACUAUGUUUACUCCUGAGGACUAAUGGUUGGAUAGUGAAGCUGUUUUGCCGCAUCCUGACUACGUUCGGUCCAAUCCGAUGGUGCAUCUCACACGCGCGACAGUGGGGGAAUCCAACGCUGAAAACGUACAUCAGUCGAAGGAAACAGAAACACGUGCGUAAACUGAUAACAUGCACUAUUGUCAUGUUGCAAAUUGCAGUUAUCGGAGCUUGUUCCCAAUUCACGUCUAUCGCAGCUGAUGAAAACGUGUGCACAAUAGUAAACAACACCGAAGCAUGUGUCUUCAACGAAGUCACUACCAUGAUGCUGCAGUUAAUGCAACAAGAAACCUGCUUGGCACUUCGAGAUCAUAAGAAUGACUAUAUCGGUGUCAUAUCCAUCAAGUUGAAUGGCAUACAGUACCAACGCGAAAAGGGAUAA